UCCAAUUCAGGUGGUUAGUGUUCGAAAAUUUAAUUCAAUUGUGAUUCCUGUUAUCAACAUAUGGUGACUGUUUUCGUUGCACGAAGCAUUUUUGGUCGCAUAAAGUCUUUUACUUCAACACAACACGAUGGCACCGCAAUUGCAGAUUUUGUCUAACAUUCUGCAGCGAUUUAAAACCCUGGGACCGGCAUUGUCUGGCUAUCUUUAUGGUAUUAUGUACAAUGAUACUCUCAUAGUUCUAACAUUCAGUUUAAAUAUGGAUAAUUGUGAUGAUAACGACCUAUUAAAUUAUACAGUACUGCAGUUGAAUCUACCUGCAGAUAUAUAUUUCUGUGGCAUAUUACAGAUUAGUAUAGAAUUAGUAGAACAUAAUGAAAUAAAUCUUGAUGUUUUCAAGGACAUUGAUAUUACAGAUAAUCCAUUACUUUUGAAAUAUUCACAUAAGACAAGUGAUAUACAAGCGUAUUUUUAUGUCCAUCAAAAACUAGAAGCUAUAAAUAAUCUCAGUAUUAUUAGCGAAGAUGAUCUUUCUCGACAAUUUGCAUAUAUUAGAUUACAAGCAAGUCUACCAUUGAUUGUUCAGGAUGAAAAUGUAUCAGAAGCUUUGGAAGAGUUACGAAAAAAUAUAGCAUCUGGAAAAAUAGGAAUACAUUUUCCUUUGAACAAUACAUAUCUCUUCAGAAGUGAUGACAACAUAAAAGACAUAGUAUUAAAAGAUAUUUUAUCUGUAUCCAAAAACCAAGAGAAACUUUCAACUGGAUCAAAUGAUGUAAAUUGUAAUACUGGGCCUGUGAAAGUUAUACAUGCAAACAUGUUACUGAAGAUGUCAAGUGAAAGAAAUUUUGAAGAAUCUGUCAGAUAUGCUCCUAUUUUGCAACACAUUAAAAAAUCCUUCAAUAGUUCAAGAUGCACUUUACACAUCGAUGCAUUAUCAUUGGUAAAUUUAAAUGUAAACUCAGCUGAAUUGCACGCAAUUUUAGUGGAAUCCGCUUGCCGAAUUAUCAGAUUAACUGAAAUGCAACAAAAAAAUCAGUCUGAAGAUACCCAAUUAGCUGAAAUUAUGCAUUUCAGACCUCAGAAUUGUGGACAUUUAUUUACAGUAGUAUAUCCUGGCAAUUAUGAUGAUAAUACUACAAUGAAAUAUCGUCACCUUUUACACAGGACUUUAGCACUAAGCAUGGAUAGACCUCAAUUUCGACGAGGAAAUGCUGUCAAAUUAGACACACAGACAAACGAGAUACUUAUAAAUCCUCAUCAGGUUCUUUUAAAUAAAGGUGUUACAGGAAAAUUGAGUAUUGUGGAGGGUUUAUAUUCGUAUCAUCAUUAUAUGCAAGAUAAUUGUGAUGAUAUUGGAUGGGGAUGUGCUUAUAGAUCUCUCCAAACCAUUAUUUCAUGGUACAGAUUACAGGGUUAUACUGAAAUACCAGUACCAUCUCAUCGUACAAUACAACAAUGUUUAGUUGAUAUAGGCGAUAAAUCAUUUAACUUUAUUGGUAGUAAACAAUGGAUCGGUUCAACUGAAGUAAGUUUUAUACUGCAGACUGUCUUUCAAAUACAAGUCAGGAUACUUCAUGCAACAAGUGGAGAAGAGAUGUUAACUUUAAUUCCACAACUUGCAGAUCAUUUUGAUACACAGGGUACACCUGUCAUGAUUGGUGGAGGAGUAUUAGCUCAUACAAUUCUAGGAGUUAGUUAUGAUGAACAUUCUGAAGAAGGAAAAUUCCUAAUUUUAGAUCCACAUUACACAGGUGGAGAACAUUUGCCUACCAUAGUAAAUAAAGGUUGGUGUGGCUGGAAAACGAAAAAUUUUUGGAAAAAGAAUACAUUUUACAAUAUGUGCCUUCCACAAAGACCUCUAACCUUCUAAUAUUAAAUACACUGCAUUACGUACAGAAUUUAAUUUCCUAAAUAUAAUCAAAAUAAAAUUCUCUAUUGUAUA